AUGGCUGCCAUGCUAGAGUUCCGCACGCAGGGCUUCAACCCCUACGCCGUAAAGUACUCGCCGUACUACGACUCGCGCAUCGCCGUCGCGACGUCGGCCAACUUUGGCAUCGUAGGCAAUGGCCGCGUGUUCACGCUCGGCCUGACGGCCCAGGGCGUGCAGGUUGAGAAGACUUUCGAUACCAACGAUGCGCUCUAUGACCUGGCCUGGUCCGAGAUCAACGAGAACCAGCUUAUUGUCGCCUGCGGAGAUGGAUCGCUGAAGCUGUUUGACCUAGGCGUCAACGACUUCCCCGUCAUGAACUUUCACGAGCACAAGAGGGAAGCCUUCUCAGUCUGCUGGAGUCCUGUGACCAAGGACACCUUCAUCUCAAGCUCCUGGGACGGAACAGUCAAGAUCUGGUCGCCAACGCGAAACCAGUCUAUAAAGACCCUCCCCAUCGGAAACUGCACUUACAGCACAUCUUUCUGCCCCUCCAACCCCGCCUUGAUCUCUGCCGUAUCCUCCGACUCGCAUCUCCGCAUCUUCGACCUCCGAACACCAUCCUCUGCCAAGUACCACCUCACGACCACCAUACCUGUUCAUGCGCCUCCCCUGCAGCCUUCGCCCAUAAGCGCCCCAAGUCAACCUUCCGAGAUCCUUACUCAUGACUGGAACAAGUACAGAGACACCGUCAUCGCCACGGGCGGCGUGGACAGGGUCCUGCGAACGUUUGACAUCCGAAACCCCGCCGCCGGUCCGCUGUCCGUCAUGCAAGGGCACGAGUACGCCGUCCGGAGGCUGGCGUGGAGUCCCCAUGCGAGCGACACUCUCAUCAGCGCUAGCUACGAUAUGACGGUCCGCCUCUGGAACGACGGCUCUGGCCAACCGCAGAACCCAGCCAUGGGUCCCUCAAUAGGCAAUCAGGUGGGCAUCAUGAACCGCCAUACCGAGUUUGUCACUGGAGUUGAUUGGUGUCUCUUCGGAAUGGGUGGUUGGGUCGCCUCUGUAGGCUGGGAUGAGCGGGUGCUACUGUGGGACGCCAACAUGCUCAUGGGCCAGCGAAUACCGUGA